AUGAGUAGGAAGGGAGCAGGGGAGGAAGAAAGAAAAAGAUGUACAUUAAGGGCUCUCCAGCGAACUGAGGCAAUAGGAACAGUCUUCCUCAGACAAAAGUGGAGACCUGUGAACGGAGGUCACUAGAAGUUUCUAGAUUUUUGCGGAGAUAGACGGCCUUUUUUAAACAUUGGAUUGGGAGUUGGUUUCCUCGUGAGCUCUUACUGUUCUGUUCUGUGGCUUGCAGAACAGAGGACAGGACUGUGGUUGAUUUGUUUUUGGACGUGGUGGAGAGCAAGGGAUCCACAACAGCGAAGCAACAUCAGUACCAACUCCAUCUUCUCUAAGAACAGUGAAAAAGAAAGGCUCAUAUCUUACGGCAACAGGAUCUAAUUGCCCUCUUCUAUUGGUCUUUGAAUGGAAGCUGACUCUUACGUCCAGCUGAACGACACUAUAAGCACCUGGACUAAGAGCAAGUACAUGGAUAUGGAUUAAAGCAGACAGGAUGUUUUAAUGCCACCUUUAAAAGGGAACUUUCAGAAUUCUGUUCUUAAAAUGAGUGAACCUCCUUUUUCGAGUUCGCAAAUCAAUUGAAGUGUGUCUCCUGACCCCUUGUGCGGCGGGUAAAUAUGAGCGGCUGUUUCUAGUUCUCAUAUGAGCAAAAUAUCAGGUACCCAAGCAAUGACGCCUGGUCCACGAUGAACUGCACCCCCAACACCACCGUUAACCCCCAGGGGGGUCAAAACCUGAACACGGGCUCUGGGGGCGGGGCGGGGGAAGGGCCAGGGUCUACCUCUGCUUCUGGCGGUGGCGGUGGCGGCCUUUGGGUGACAUCGGUCCUCGGCGCCAUGCUCAUGACCAUGUGCGCCCUGGGGGUGGCGGGCAACGUGUACACGCUGUUCAUCAUGCGCUCGGCGGCGCUGCGCCGCACGGGCUCCAUGUACGUGUACAUCCUGAACCUGGCGCUCGCCGACUUGCUCUACCUGUCCACCAUCCCCUUCGUGGUGUGCACCUACUUCGCCCACGACUGGCUGUUCGGCGAGGCGGGCUGCCGCCUCCUGCUCAGCCUGGACCUGCUCACCAUGCACGCCAGCGUCUUCGUGCUGGUCGCCAUGACGCUGGAGCGCUACCGCGCCGUGGCCCGCCCCUUCAGCGCCCGCCGCUCCCAGGCACGCGGCCGCAAGGUGGCCGCCGCCUUCAUCUGGGCGGCGGCCGUGGUGCUCACGCUGCCCAUGAUGGUGAUGAUCCGGCAGCGCCAGGGCAGCAAGGUCAACGCCGCCGGCGCCGUCAAGCGGAUCUGCUUCCCCACCUGGACCCCCGAGGCCUUCAAGGCGUACCUUACCGUCAUGUUCCUGACCAGCGUGCUGGUGCCGGGGCUGCUGAUGGUGGCGCUGUACGCGGGGCUGGCCAGGCACUACUGGGCGGCGCAGGCCAGCCUGGGAGGCGGCAGCAGUGGCAGCAGCAGCAGCAGCAGCAGCAGCAGCCGCGGGCGCUCGGCGCGCAGGCGGGGUCUCAAGCAGAAGGUGGCCAGCAUGAUCUUCUCCAUCGUGGUGGCGUACUGGGCCUGCUUCCUGCCCUUCUGGGUGUGGCAGCUGACCAAGCUCUUCGCGCCCGAGAGCCUCAGGCCGCUGUCGGCCGCCACGCACAACUACGUCAACUUCUCGGUCACGUGCCUGACGUACGGCAACAGCUGCGUCAACCCGCUGCUGUACACCCUGCUGACACGGAACUACAAGGACUACCUGGCCCAGAAGGGGCAGACCACGGCCUCCAGCAGGGCGGAGGGCGGCUCGGCCGUCAGCGGGCCCUGCAUAGCCUUGCGCGGAGCCUCCUGCGGAUGACCCGGUCAGCGGGGGGGGGGGGGGGGGGGGUUUUGACAAUUGCCCAAUGUCUGCAGCAGUGGAGGCGUCGUACGGCAAGAUGCCCUAACCCCCUACCUGCUCUUCAAUCACGUGUUUCUGGAUUCAAUGUAAAGGGCUUUGGUGAAAGUGUCUUCUCAAGGGCCGAACCCAAAAUUAUGUGGAAUGCAAAGUGCAAAAAUGACAACAUUUGGUUGGACUUUCUAACUUUACCGCAAGGAAACGCUGAGGCACAUAUUGGACCACUCAUUUCAACCACUUUGUUGACAAAAAUAGUAGAAAUGGAUUUAAUUUCACAUGUAAUGCACUUGAACCACUGGUGUUUUUUAACUAUAUUGUUAUUUCAAGAGUUUGGUAACAUUACUCCCCCCUGAUAAUACUGCUGAUUUACUUUAUUUUAUGACGUCGACUUUCUUUUUAUGAACAGACUUGCCCGUUAAAAUCUUAAACCA